GCCUCAAUGCACAUCUUCAAAAGUAGAAUGUGAGAUGCGCCGGGUAACAUUUGUGAUUCUUGGUGGGGUUUGGCUUGGAUGAACUCGCUCAGCUUCCACCAGUGCGUGCUAAAUCUUCUCGAGGGGUGGUUGUUUUCACACUAAAUUAAGGCAUAAACAAUUCCGUAAGAAGUUUUAUUAAUUAAAAUCAUUCCGUUUAAGAAAAUCUAAAAGUCUACGGUAAGUUAAAUGUAGAUGCUACCUAGAGGGCGUGCGGUUCUUAGCUAGGGGCUUCCACAUCCCCGCUCAACAUGCCAGUGGGAGGCAGAGUGGCCGGCAAAGUCACUGGAAUUAUAUCAAACGGCUACGAUGGACGAUCAUAUCAAGGCAUCAACGAAGAAAUAAUAUGGGUCAGCAUAGGAAUGGGUAUCACAAUAGCUGUCCUGAUAACAAUCGCAUUGUGUUAUAUAAUGCGAGAAAAAUGCAUCCAGAAAAGGGAAUAUUACAUUUCUGCAUGAGUUGCUCCCGUCUAAACGAUUUUUGGUUUCUAUUAUUAAUGUCGUAGAACCGUUAUGGAACCUACUUCGUUUUUAUUAAUUAAAACAUUAACGGGUACUAAUAAAACAUUUUUAAAAGUGCUGUCGACGACAAUGGAAACAAACGACUCGAGUGCCAUAAACGGGUAAAUUGAAAUUUGUUUAUUCUAAUCGUUUGUUUUCACCUAAAUUGACAGUACUUAAAGUAAAUGUGUUACAUAGACUUUAUAAAGUAAAAAGAUGCUUUUAAUCCUGUUCAAAACAGUUUUUACUUGUCAAACAAGUUAACGAUAAAUAAUUAACGUAAAAAUAUAAAGUUAAAAACGUCCAAUAAAGUACGGAAGGAGUAUGUUACAAUUCAACUCUUUAUUAGGAUUAUAGCAUUUCUUUCUCAGAGUGUUGAUAGUUCUUAAUAUAAACAAAAUAAUAAUCUUUAUUGAAAUGAAUUUAAAAAUGAUUUCAUGGUUUAUUUAAAAAUUACAAUUAAUUGCAAUUGUAUAUCGGAAGACCAUUCAACGUUAGAUUACAAGAACAUAACCUUAUAAAACGAAAAGUAGCAAUAAGAAAAAGGUUCUUAUUUCCUGCAUCAACUGUUUAGUAUUGGAUUAAAAUAAUACUAAACACUAGAAUAUAGAAUCUAAUAGAAUGUCUUUUUUAAUUCAAUUUUGAGAGAAUUUUGUAAUCGAAAUAAGUAAUGUAGCAGAGCAUACAUACAUUUUAUAGUUAGUACCUAUUUUACUUGCGUGUACAUUGUUGCUUGUUGAAAUUAAAUAAAUAUGGAAAUGUGAGAGGUAAAUUUACAAUGAAACGUUCAAUAAAAACGAGAAAUGCGAUCUAAUUUCUGGUUUAUAGAAAGAUUUAUUGCUACAUGAGGACUUUUAUGGUUGAAGUUAUAUCUCGGGUGGCUAGAUCUAAUUUCAGGAGGAAAGUUACGCAAUAGAAAAACGUUCGAUAUGACUAAGUUAAACUUUAACUUUCAUAUUUGUGCAUUCGAUUAUUUGGAUUCGAAAAAUUUUGGCACGUUUCCUCUAUGAAUAUAAAAUAUGCAAAGUCUAUUAAUCAGAAGUUUGUCAAUAUUUGCUGAAAGUAUCGAAUCUUUACCCCCCUCAAGGAACUGAAAAUAAAAUUUUUGAUUUUGUACUUUCAAUAAAAAGUUAUCCAAUUGAAUUAAAAUUUAUAUACACGAAUGUUGAUGCUAGGAAACAUGGUCUUGUAUUUAAGAUAAUAUACUUUAAGGGAGAAAUUAAAAUGUUCAUUCUCUGCUCAAUGCAUGUCUAUGUAUUUACAUUUUAAGGGUUUCUCAUCUUCUGCAAUUUUUCUAAUUAAAAGAGAUAGAAAAUUUAGUUUAUUGUUAGGUAUCUAAAUAAAAAAAGGAAUUGAUUUAAAAUGUCUGCCAGUAAUAAUAGAAACACCAGAUGAUCCACAAACGUUUCUGUGUGUUUAUUAUUUAAAAUACUGUCUAUUUUAUUUAUGGUGGAUAUACAACAGGGUAGUACAAUACAGAGACCUUUCAAGGGUGUACGAAAUUUAAGAGAGAGAGUGUGAGAGUGGACAUUUCUUAUUUCUUGUUUCCAUUUGGAAAUGUAUUCUUUUGCUUCGUUUUGAACACGCCCUUAUUAAGUUAGGAAUUACUGCAUGAGUAGUAUAUAUAAAGUGGAAAAAAGUAACUGAAUAAUAAAAGCUUUGCAGCGGUUAGGAGUUGGUUAGGUAUCAAGGUCGACUUUAUAACUGCCUGGUUGGAAUUAUAUCUCUUAACAAUCGCCUUUGCUUUCCUAAAUUCCUGAAAUUGUUUAACUUUCUUUAAUGUUCGAUGCAGCAUGCUCAAAUUCUGCUUAUUUGCAUCUCUUUCUAAUGUUAUUCCUUUUUCUUUAUUAGUGUCCGCUGCAAUUCUUAUCUGACCUCUCUUUUCUAUGUUUACGAUAUUCUCUGUAUCGUCUGUCGUGAGUUAAAGUAGGACCUCUGUCAGCUACCGCUGUAAUAUAGUUAGUACGUUGAAAGAAGAAAGUAAAUGCGACAGUUGAACAAUUUUGGACGUUCUAACUAUAAUAAAUAUAAACAAUAUCAUCGUUGGGAUAAUGUUAUCAUGUUCGGUAUCUCUAAAUCAUUUUUUGAACUGCUGGGGAUAGUAAGGGGUUCUAGGAGCACACAAAGGUCACUACCAUAGAAGAUGGAUUCUACAAAAGCGUCUUUAAAUUUAUUACUUACUCUAUGUCAUGUUAAAGCACGAGAAUGACAAAAUGUUCACAAAAUCAAAUGAUAAAUUAAGAAAAUUAAACGUGUUAGGUAGACAUUCGCACUGGCAUAAUAUUAAUUAAUUCAAUUCCUUUUUUAAAACAUCAAAUGCGUCUAUUACUGAAAGAAAAAGUUUCUUUGAUUCUAUAUUUUACCUAGUGUUAAGAAUGUAGAACCAAGUUGUAUUAGGAUUUUUUUGCCUGUUUGAAAAAAUUCAUAAUUGUAACUUAUUCUUUCUUAAAUGUGGACCAAGUUAAAAAUAAACGUUCAGAUAGAUUUUCAUGGUUACCUAAUAUGUACGUUAGAUUAAAAUGAUAGAGUAGAUAAAUAUAUCAUGAUGUCAAUUCAUUGUAACAUGAAAAAAAGAAAUGAA